CUAUUCUUGGUGACGCACGUCGCGUAUAACGGUUGUGUGUAGGAAUAUUUUGUGAAUAUUAUGUGAUUGUGUAAAAAAGAAAGAUAUUAGAACAGUUCAAGAUGAAGAUAUUAUAUUUAAGUCUGAUAUUAGCCAAUUCAAUGCUGUUCUGUGAAUCAGCAAACAUUCUAUAUCUAAUGCCAUUCACAGCGAAAUCUCAUUAUAUUGGCAUGAAGAACUUAGCGAUAGAACUUGCGAGGAGAGGGCACGAUGUUUACGCUAUUACUCCUUUUAGAGAAACAGAGCAUCCAGCGACAUAUCACCAGAUGAUGGUGUCAGACGAACCUGUAUGGAAGAGACUAUUUGAUGUGCCACCACGAGUAUUCGACAUCAUGGAUGAAUCGUUUGAGUCAUUCCAAAAUAUUAUGUACAAAUUUGGAUUUAUGAUGAACGAAUUUGUCUUUGAAUCCAAAGACGUGCAAGAGUUUAUGAAACAAGAUCACAAAAUAGAUGUCGUUGUUGCGGAAGUGUUCUUUAAUGAAGGACUUUACAUGUUUGCUCACAAAUACCAAGCUCCUCUAGUGUUGAUGACGACCGUUGGUAACUCACUUAAGGGAAAUUUCUACAUGAGCAAUCCUCUUCAGCUGUCAAUAUUGUAUCAUGAGUAUGGCAAACACAGUGAACCACUCAGUUUCUUUGGAAGACUGUACAAUUUGUACAUGUGCACGUAUGAUCUUGCCAUGCUCAAAUUUUGGUAUUUCCCUCGGCUACAAGAAUCUACCCUGCAGUACUUGAAGGAUUUGCCAGAACCAGUUCCCACAUUGGAAGAUAUAGCUUCUAACGCAGCCAUUUUACUUCUGAAUUCUCAUUAUAGUAUUGAUAAUGCAGCUGCAUAUUUACCAAAUAUAAUAGACGUUGGUGGACUACAUAUUAAAGAAACAAACGACACGUUACCAGCGGAUCUUCAAAAUAUCUUGGAUAAUGCUAAAAGCGGUGUUGUAUUUUUGAGUUUUGGUUCCAACGUACAAAUAAAUGAAAUGGAUACUGACAAGCUUCAAGCGUUCUUAAAAGUAUUUGGAGAAUUAAAACAAACAGUUCUUAUGAAAUGGGAAAAAGAACCCCUUCAAAAUAUAUCUAAAAAUAUUAUCCUACGGAAAUGGUUUCCACAAAAAGCACUUGUAGCUCACCCCAACGUUAAAUUAUUUAUCGGUCAUGGAGGCCUGCUAGGACUUCAAGAGACAAUAGCAGCCGGGGUACCCAUUCUGGGUGUACCAGUUUUCGGAGACCAGUAUCUAAAUAUUAUUGACACUAUUCAAAAAGGACACGGAGACAUUCUUAAUUAUAAAGAAAUCAAUGAAGAUAUUCUACGGAAGAAGAUCAACAAACUGCUAAAUGAUAAAUCAUACACGGAAACCGCUAAAAAAAUUGCCGCUAGGUUUAAGGAUAGACCUAUGAAGCCACUAGAUACAGCAGUGUGGUGGACUGAAUAUGUGAUCAGACACAAAGGUGCUGAGUUUAUGAAACCGCCAACGAUGAGUUACAUUGCAUAUCACAAUCUUGAUGUAUAUUUGUUUGUGAUUAGCGUAAUAGGAUUUGCCUUAUACACGAUAUUUAAAACAAUUAGUGUUGUUAAAAACGUUCUUAAAAGUCAACAAACAAAGAAAUUAAAGAAGAAAUAGACUUUUUUUAAAAGUACUAGCUAGAAAUAAAAAGUAGGUAUACUAUUUACUCCAGUUUUUUAUUUAUUCUGACAGCUUGAGAGUAGUGACCACAUCAGACCGAACGAUUAAGAAAAGCCUUUGAUUAAAUAAGAAAAAAAUAUAUAAAAACUCAAAGGAUCUAUCCUUCCUUACUAUGUCCUUUCUGCGGUCAAUGGAUAUACCCACAACCCCUUCCUCCAUGCCAAUCAUAAUGUGCAUUUCAAGGAGCCUUGUAAGCUGGCAGCUGCUUUUUCCAGAGACGAAGUCUCGCCAACCAAAAAGGUUACCCUGCCAAUCCUCCGGUAGCUUAGGUACAUUCUGGAAGCAUUU